UUGCCUGCCCUAUAGCUGAAGAACAAAAGGUUAAUCCCCUCUAGUCUAGCUGAUCAUAGCCAACUCUCAUCCCCCGCCGCUCAUAGUUCUUGCUUUCAUCGAGUGUAGAAGCCUUACGGAGGAGUUGAUGAGCAGAAUAUCCCUUUAAGAAACUCACACAUUGCACACAGUAAUCCUUGCUUUCUUGAGGCUGAAGAUGAGCUGGUGGUGGGCUGGAGCUGUCGGCGCUGCAAAGCAGAAAAAGUUGGAGGAAGAUGAGGCACCCCAGAAGCACGAGAGCGUAGCCCUGAUAAUUGGGGUAACUGGACUCGUGGGCAACAGCCUGGCGGAGAUCCUACCGCUCUCCGACACUCCUGGUGGCCCUUGGAAGGUCUACGGCGUCGCCCGCCGGCCCCGUCCUUCCUGGAGUGAUGACUAUCCAAUCAACUACAUCCAGUGUGACGUACUCAACCGUGACGAUACACAGGCCAAGCUUUCAACUCUCACUGAUAUCACACACGUGUUUUACGCCACCUGGACCAACAGACCCACCGAGGCUGAAAAUUGCGAAGCCAAUGGCAGAAUGCUUCAAAAUGUGCUUGAUGCUGUCAUCCCUAACUGCCCCAAUUUGAAGCACAUUUGCAUGCAGACUGGGAGGAAGCAUUAUGUCGGGCCUUUUGAGGCCUUUGGAAAGUUGGAAACACAGCUCGAAACUCCGUAUACUGAGGAUAUGCCUCGAUUGAAUUACAUCAAUUUCUAUUACACUCUAGAAGACAUUCUGUGUAAGGAGGUUGAGAAGAAGGAAGGUCUGACUUGGUCUGUGCACAGGCCGGGCACUAUAUUUGGAUUCUCACCACAUAGCAUGAUGAAUUUGGUGGGGACCCUUUGUGCGUACGCAGCUAUAUGUAAGCAUGAGGGUAAGGUUUUGAGGUUUCCAGGGUGCAAGGAGGCCUGGGAUGGUUAUUCGGAUUGCUCCGAUGCUGAUCUGAUUGCUGAGCAUCAGAUAUGGGCAGCGGUGGAUCCUCAUGCAAAGAAUGAGGCUUUCAAUGUGAACAAUGGAGAUGUGUAUAAGUGGAAACAUUUGUGGAAGGUGUUGGCGGAGCAGUUUGGAGUGGAAUGUGGGGAGCAUGAGGAAGGGCAGACGAUAACGUUUGAGGGGUUGAUGAAGGAUAAAGGUGGAGUUUGGGAUGAAAUGGUGAGGGAGAAUGGUUUGACGCCUACUAAAUUGGAGGAUGUGGGAUUAUGGUGGUUUGCAGAUGUUAUAUUGGGAAAUAAGUGUUUCUUGGAUACGAUGAACAAGAGUAAGGAGCAUGGGUUUUUGGGAUUUAGGAAUUCCAAGAAAUCCUUCAUUUCUUGGAUCGAAAAGGUGAAAGCUAACAAGAUUGUUCCUUAAUAUGAGGAUAGCUGCUGCAGAGUGUACUCUAAGCUUGGUGGACAAGUAUGCGUGUUUCCUUAAUUAGUUUCAUGUUAUCUCUUGCUUUCCGAUUCAAAGAUGUUUGUCAAAGAAAGGGAAUAAGACUAAAAAUAAUUAAAGCUGUUGCUAUAUAUAAUCUUUAAUAAUACGUAUGGUAAGG